CCCCCCCCCCGCCCCGCGGGGCGCGUCUCGGCUUCUCCCCUCAGGUGCGGGCGGAGGCGGCGCGCGGGCGGAGCCCCCCGGCCUCCCCCAUGGUGGGCUUCGGGGCCAACCGGAGGGGCGGCCGUCUCCCGUCCUUCGUCUUCGUGGCGCUGCUGGUGCUGAUCGGCCUCCUGGCCUUCCACUCCUGGAGCGCCGCGUCCCGCCAGGCCCUGCUGCAGGAGGAGCUGGCCGGGCUGCAGGGCCAGGCCAAGCGCGGCGAGGCGGCCCGCGGGCGGCUGGAGAAGAGGAACUCGGACCUCCUGGUGCGGGUGGACUCCCAGCAGAAGCAGCUGGAGCAGAAGGAGGCGGACUACAGACACCUGAGCGGGCAGCUGCAAGCCAGGGACAGCCAGGCUACCCAGUGCGAGGACAGCAAGAUCAAACUACAGAACAACAUAUCAUAUCAAAUGGCAGACAUACAUCGUUUAAAAGAACAACUAGCAGAAUUACGCCAAGAAUUCAUUCGUCAGGAGGACCAGCUUCAUGAGUACAAGAAGAACAAUACUCGCCUUGUGAGGAGGCUGGAGUAUGAGAGUUUGCAGUGUGGACAACAAAUCAAAGACAUGAGAAUGCAACAUGAAGAAAAUAUAAAGAACUUAAUGGACCAAGUUGCACAGAAACAAAAGGAUACACAGAGAAUCCAGCCAAGACAAGACAUUGAACGGGGUUUGAAUGAUGAUCAAACAAUAUCUAAGACCGUUCAAGUGACAGAUGAGAAAAAUGUAGUAAAGAAUGAAGAACCCUCAAGCAAUCACAUCCCUAAUGGCAAAGAGAAAAUCAAAUCAGGAGGUGAUGCAGGCAUGCCUGGAAUAGAAGAGAAUGAUCCUGCUAAAGCUGAAGAUACUCCUGCUGCUUUAAAGAAGCCUCUUAUUUCAACUUCUCAAAGUGAAGGUCAUCAACCCAAUAUGAAUCUUCCUACUGUACAGCCCCGUUUGCCAAAUAUGAUUCCAGAUUUAAAUGCUGACAAUGAAGGAAAUGUUAAUCUUGUGAAGCAGAUCCCUCCAAAUCCUCCUCAGCUCUUGAUUCCUGAACAAAACUUGGAAAGUAAAGAACACAAAAUUGAAACUGAACUUGGAAAACAAGCUCCAAAGGAAAGAGUUGGUGACUUCCAGAAGAUGAAGCAAAGCCGAUUCUUUGAUGAGAAUGAAUCCCCUGUUGAUCCGCAGCAUGGCUCUAAAUUGGCGGAUUAUAAUGGGGAUGAUGGUAACGUGGGUGAGUAUGAGGCAGACAAACAGGCUGAACUGGCCUACAAUGAAGAAGAGGAUGGUGAUGGUGGAGAAGAAGACGUCCAAGAUGAUGAAGAGAAAGAACUUCAAAUGGACCUUGGAGACUAUGGAAAGUCACGCUUCAAUGAUGUGCUUUAAAGCCUGAAUUAAUAUCUGAGAAUUUGCAACAGAAUUGAAGUGCUUCAAAACUGAACUAUUUUUGUUUCAGUAUUCCUUAAGAUGGUAAUAAAGAAACAGUAAUAGGUUACUUAAAAUCAAUUUACUUAAUGUUAAUUAAGUAAUGGAAGGAGACAUAAAAUGCUGUGUGUAUAUAUAUGUACAUAGUUGUACUAUUGCAAAUUGUAUUAUCAAAAUGACAUUUCUGUUCUGUUCUAGUGAGCCAAUUAAAUGUAAAGACUGUACCUUACCUGCAAUCUUUGCAUUUAAAACAAACUAAUAUAUUACCAAUUGAGGCUGAAUUGUUUCUGCAAAUUAGGAAAUCUUGUAAACUGGAGAACUUGUACAGUUUGUAUUUUACAUAUGGAACAAAUACACUGUGGAAACAAUUGGACAGCUGAAGGACUCCUUUUAUACAGGAAUAUAUUAUCUGUAUGAAUAAAAAUACCCCUUUGUUUUC